GCGAAUGGCCGGCAUAUCCAACCAUCAAGAGAGCAUUCUCCCAAUAGUUGUACGUCGGGGCCGGCUAGGCUAAUCGACUUUCGUACAAGGCCCACCCAUAAGUUCGCUCUUCGAUUUAACUUCUCCGGUCAACUACUCCCUUGAGAGAGAUGCGACACCAAUAGAGUUCAGCUAGAUCAGCCCUCGCCAGAUUCGGCAAGAUGGGGGUGCGACGGGACUAUGAGAAAGGUCGAAAUAAUUCUUCCCCCUGGCUUAAAGCAGUCUGCUCUACCUCCUGGAUCAAGUUUAUUGUAGAUUACCAGACGGCUCCGCACAGAUCAUGGGCAAGAUAUGUCUCUCGACUAGGACUCACGUGAAGGAAUCUGAUUCUGUU